AUGGCACUCCGGAUCACCAGGAAUACGAAAAUUGAUGCAGAAAAUGAGGCGAAGAUCAGUAUGGCAGGCGCAAAGCACCUGCCUGUGAUCACUGUUGCAGCCUCUAAGCCCAGGCUGAGGCCAAGAACAGCUCUUGGAGACAUUGGUAACAAAGUCAGUGAACAGCCACAAGCCAAACUGCCCCUGAAAAAGGAAGCAAAAACUUCAGCUGUUGGAAAAGUUAUUGCUAAGAAACUACCAAAACCUCUGGAAAAGGCUCCUGUUCCUGUUCCGGAGCCCCAGCAAGAGCCAGAGCUGGAGCUGAAGCCAGAGUCAGACCUGAGUCUCUUAAAAGAAGAGAAACUUUCUCCUGAGCCUAUUUUGGUUGAUACUCCCUCUCCAAGUCCCAUGGAAACAUCUGGCUGUGCCCCUGCAGAAGAAUAUCUGUGUCAGGCUUUCUCUGAUGUAAUUCUUGCAGUGAAUGAUGUAGAUGCAGAAGACAGAGCAGAUCCAAACCUUUGUAGUGAAUAUGUAAAAGAUAUCUAUGCUUAUCUGAGACAACUUGAGGAAGAGCAAGCAGUGAGACCAAAAUACCUACUGGGUUGUGAAGUCACUGGAAACAUGAGAGCCAUCCUAAUUGACUGGCUCAUGCAGGUUCAAAUGAAAUUCAGGUUACUGCAGGAGACCAUGUACAUGACUGUUUCCAUUACUGAUCGGUUCAUGCAGGAUAACUGUGUGCCCAAGAAGGUGCUGCAGCUGGUUGGUGUCACAGCCAUGUUUACUGCAAGCAAAUAUGAGGAAAUGUAUCCUCCAGAAAUUGAUGACUUUGCCUUUGUGACUGACAACACUUACACUAAGUACCAAAUCAGACUGAUGGAAAUGAAGAUUCUAAGAGCUUUAAAUUUUAGUCUGGGUCACCCUCUACCCCUGCAUUUCCUUCGGAGAGCAUCUAAGAUUGGAGAGGCUGAUGCUGAGCUACAUACCUUGACCAAAUAUAUGAUGGAACUAACUAUGUUGGACUACAAUAUGGUGCACUUUCCUCCUUCUCAGAUUGCAGCGGGAGCUUUUUGCUUAGCACUGAAAAUUGUUGAUAAUGGUGAAUGGACACCAACCCUACAGCAUUACCUGUCAUACACUGAAGAAUCCCUUCUUGUUGUUAUGCAACACCUGGCUAAGAAUAUAGUCAUGGUGAAUUGUGGCCUUACAAAGCACACGACUAUCAAGAACAAGCAUGCAAAGAACAAGCAUGCUAAGAUCAGCACUCUAGCACAGCUGAAUUCUGCACUAGUUCAAGAUUUAGCCAAGGCUGUGGCAAAGGUGUAA